AUGUCAGACUCUGGAUGGUCAAACGUUGCUAUAUUCCAGCAAUAUUUGGAAGAGCAUUUUCUGCCAUAUGCCAAAAUCUGCCCAGCAGACAAACAGAAAAUCUUUCUUAUUUAUGACGAUCACAGUUCGCAAAAAUCCCCACAACUUAUUAAUUGGGCUAGGGAAAGAGGACUGAUACUGUUUCUAUUGCCAGCUCAUACCUCGCACAUGCUACAACCACUUGAUGUUGCCGUAUUUGGGCCCUUCAAGAAUUAUUAUUAUUCGGAAUGUUCCAGUUUCAUGAGCAGGCAUAUUGGUCAGAUUAUCACAAGGUAUGAGCUUUGCAGUAUCGCUUGUAAAGCUUACACACGAGCUAUGUCACCGUCGAACAUCCAGUCAGCUUUCCGGAAGACAGGCAUAUUCCCUAUAGACCCGGCCGUCGUAUCUAUGGAGAAGUUAUUUCCUUGUGAAAGCUUUCGGGAAGAAAAACCAGUGCAGAAAGUCAAGUCUUUAAAGACAGGCAAAGCAGAGGCCGAGUCAUUCCUCAUUCAGAAGGAAGAAAAUAAGUCCAACAACGCAUUGUCAUGCUCUAAAUAUAAGGUCGCCAAAGACACCAGGCCAGAUGCUGGCGGUAGAGCUAUCACUAACGAAGACUAUGUCACAGAAAUUGACGAAUAUUCACAGCAACGAGCUCAGAGUACACCUGUUCGCCAAAAGCCAGCCACUAAACCACGUCAAUAA